AUGUACAAAUCAAAUCUGGGGUACACGUUGAGGAGGGCAGCUGAUGGCAGGUGGUCCUUCAGGGUCAGAGCGGUUUCCACAGCUGGUCCCGGGCCGUGGAACUACCGAUCCUUCUUCACCGUGCCUCUCAAUGGCAAGCCGAAAGAUCAGGUGACUUAUUCAAUAAAUCCUGAGUACGUCAGACCGGCUGAUGUUUAUGAGCCAGACGAAUGGGAGAUUGAGAGAUCUAAAGUGACCUGCUUGAAAGAACUCGGAUCAGGAUCGUUCGGGAAAGUUUUUGAGGGCAUUGUAAAAAAUUUGCCCAACUGGCCACCCACCAUGAAAGUGGCGCUGAAGACAACCCUGCCAUCAGCAGCCGGCAUAGAUAUUGUGCAGUUUCUGAAGGAAGCUUCCAGGAUGAAGGUGUUUAAGAACGCAUGCAACCACGUGGUGAAGUUGUACGGUGUGGUGUCACAAGGCAAGCCUCCCUAUGUAGUCAUGGAGUUGAUGAGCAGAGGAGACCUCAGGGAUUACCUCAGGAUUAGAAGGAAUGAUUCUUUGGCUGAUGAUCAGAAGCCAGCUCCGAGCAGAAAGGAGAUGUGGAGAAUGGCAGCGGAGAUCGCUGACGGCAUGGCCUUCCUACAUCAUAAGGGAUUCAUACACAGAGAUCUGGCUUGUAGAAACUGCCUCGUGUCUGAAGAUCACGUCGUCAAAAUAGCUGGUCUGUUCAUUUGUCGCUGA